AGCAGUCUUAGCUUACGGUCGCGCUGCUCCGGUGCCGGCCACGUCCGCACGCUGGACGGCGGCCGCUUCCCCGCCGCCCGAGGGCCUCCGGGCCGCCGCAGGCCUGCCACGCCCGGGAAGCAUCUCUCAAAUUUCAAUACAGAUGUUCUGCUUAUAUGCCAGACUUGCCUAAUGGACAAAGGAAUGUCAAAUCUACCCAGACUGCCAGCAAAAACUAGCCUCUUGAUCAGCAUUUAGCCUGAUACCAAAAAUUCCAAAAACCUGGAAGGAAGCGAUGUAGUUAAGACGCUCUCCAGUGCUCUGGGUUCCCAUCUGCCACAGAGACACUUCCUUUGGACCACAGGACAAUGUCUGUAUACACAAACCCACAAGUCUGUGUCGCGAUACCAAAGUUCAGCCAGGUGACGUGUCAGGGCAGGUAUCUGUGGUUUGCCCUGUACUUGCUUCCGCAAUUCCUGUCCCUCGGUAUGUAUAGUUUCUCCAGCUUGGUGCAGGGACUGGGACCACGUUGCCGCUGAUAAAUAAGUUACUAGUGUGAUGGAAUGUGGCGAGCAACACUUGUGUUGAGCCCAGGAAAAAAGGAAUUAAGCAAUUUGGAGAAUUGUAAUCCAGAAAAAGGAAUUAAGCAAUUUGGAGUCUGAUAUCAGGUAACUUGCACACAGCACCCUGCAUAUAACAAACGGUUUCAUAGAAGUUAAAAGUAAAGCCAAGGUUGGGAACAUAAGAAAUUGGAAAUGGGAGAUGUUGAGAGGUAGCACAAAGUCAAGGACCAGAGAAGGUUAUGAAGUAGGCACCCAGAGCCACAUUCUGAGGGUGCCUUUCUAAUACAGGGUUGCCUGGCUAGUGGGGUGCUGCCCCUUCCCUGCAGAACUUGUGAGGGGCUGACCCCUGAAAAUGGGAACUCCCAGCACCAGCCUAACCUCCUGUCUUUCCACCUGCCCUGCUCUCCUACUCAACACUUAGUCCUUCUUGCUUAUUCCCUUCCUGCACAGGGGUCUCUUCUUUCUGAGACCGUGAUCUGCCCAGUCACUCUGCACCAGAUCAUGAGGAUAACUGGCCAGACCCUCAUUUAAGGCUCACUAAAGCCUUUUCAGGGGAGACUAUGAUUCUGAGUCUUGUUAAUGCUUUGUCCGUUGUGAGUCAACUUAGGUUAGCACAGGCCCCCAUGUGGGAAUCUUGACAUUUAGAAUACGCUGUUGGAAAGCGGAGUCAGGACCAUACCAGAGAGAUGAAGUGACAGCACGAGGGCCUGUUCUUGACUCCACACAGCGGCCAAUUCCUGUCUCUGUGGGAGUGAUCACCAGCCCCGCUGGCUGAGGGAAGACAGUGAUGGCAUCCAGCAGAGGUCUCCUGAGCGACCAGUGGAGUUUCCUGAGAUAGCUUUAGAGAGAUGCUCCAUGCACACGCUCACCUCAUGUAUGUCACUGUGUGUGAUUGCACAUGUGCAUGUGUAUGCUUGCACGUGUACACACAUGGCAGUGUGCACGAAGGUGUUGCCAUGUGCACAUGGAUACGAGUGCGUGUGUGCGCGUGUGACCGCAUGCAUACGCACGUGUACCUAUGCACAUAUGCGUGUGUGUUGCUGUGUGUGCACAUGGGCGUGUGUGAUAGAGAGCAGGCCCGUCCGUGUGGUUCUCAGGCAUCACCACCUACACAUAUCUGCCACUCUAGGAGGUGCUGAGUUUCUUUCAUCUCCUCCUGAGUUUACACUAGAAAAAUGCCUCCCUCCUCACUGGAUUUUUCCCCUGUGCUUUUCCUAAGGAGCGUUUAUUCUUUUUCAAACCGUAGAUGCAUCUUCUACCAGAGUGGAGCAUCUGCCUGGAUCCCACGUGUGCCACAAAGCGUGCCAUGGCCUGGGAGUGCCCUUCAAAGCCGUCCUCGCCUCCUGCAGAGCCAAACCUCGCCCGACAAGCGCACAGUGUCAAGCCCUCAGCCCCCCGAGGAAGAUGGCCCAGCCUGGGCACACGCCCCGAGCAGCUGCCUCUCGUUCCUCGGCCAAGCAGCAGGGAACUGUCAGCAGCCUGAGGAACGGCAGGCUGGGGGCCUCGGGCACCGCCCAGCCUUGCUGCCAGCUCACCUGCAAGAUGUGGACAGCCCUCGUGCUCAUCUGGGUUUCCUCUUGGUCCUUAUCUGAAAGCCACCUGACAGCCCCGCAUCCACGGUACUCAGUCCUCAACAAGACGCUGGAGAAUUCAGAACAAAACUCAUCCAUGGAAACCAUUACAAGAGUCUUGAAUGAAAUGUCUGCAAGAAUGACCUCGGUGACACCUUCUCCCAUCACGUUGACCAGAGGGACUUGGGGAGGCGACCCCACCUCUCCUGCGGUCACAGCAGGGACAAUGCACAGGACAGAGGCAGGCGCGUCAGCGACGGCAGAAGGGACCCCUGACGGAGCCACCUCCGGGGUGCCCACACCGCCUGUCCCGGCGUCUGACCGGCGGACCCCGUCCUCACCCCACACACGGGCGCCUGGCAGCGGCACACUGUCUGGGCCAGCGACGCACACAACACCCACGCCGGCCACGGGUGCUCCCACAGCUGCUGCAGCCCUGGCAAGCGUAAGCGGCCCCUUGGACUCGCACGGUCGUCCCGGGCACACCCCCGGCCAUGCCACAGCCAGCCCCACGGUGCCCCUGAGUCCCCAAACACUUAACGCGUCCACACAGGGCCCCACCGUCCAGGCGCCGACGGCCCGGACUGCGGCUGACGUGGCAAGUAGGCCUGCGCCCACCCUCCUCAGCACAACCCCAGAACCCGCCUCCCCCUCUUCGGCUUCCGCAUCCAUGACAGUGGGGACCACGACCAAGGCCCCCCAGCCGGCUGCCAGCACAGCGCCAGCGUCUGCCCCUCACUCCAGCCCGGCCCCCCCGACGCAGCCCAGCCCCGUCACAUCCAUGCCGGGGGCCGCGGGGCCAGGCACCACUCAGACGCCGGAGCAGGGCGAGCCUGAAGCCGCGCCUGGCACUGCUUCCGUGGGGCCGACCCCUGGGAGCUCAGGGGACUCCAAGGUGCCAGCCACGGACGCGUGUCCGCUCAGCACCCGAGGCCGGUGCCCGGUGGUCUCCAGCGAGCCCCUGGCCCAGUCCCCGGUGAGCAGAAGCUUCCUCCUGGCAGUGCUCCUGCUGGGGGUCACCCUCUUCAUCACAGUCCUGGUUCUGUUUGCCCUGCAGGCCUACGAGAGCUACAAGAGGAAGGACUACACGCAGGUGGAUUAUCUCAUCAACGGCAUGUACACCGACUCAGAGAUGUGAGGGGAGGGCGCUUGGCCGGGCCUGGGCUGGGCCCUUCCCCUCCUUCCGUGUUGCCUCUGUGGGCAAACCAAGUGCUUCCAGAUUCUUUUGGUGCAAAGUUAGGAGACGCGCCAGUCGCUUAAACACAUUCAAUCGUUGUCCGAUUAAUUCCACGAUCACUAAAGAGUUGCUGCUUUUUUCGUAUUUAUUUUUGUAACGAUCACGAGCAGGCAGUGAUUCUGCCUUGGGGUGGGGUGGGCGGCCCCGGGGUGGGUCCCGACCUGAAUUAAAGCAAUGACCCUUUCCACUCA